ACGACGACGACUGAGUAAAAUGUUACCAACAAGACCGAGGAGGAGGAGGAGGAGGAGGAGGAGAGUACCUUUAUGGCGGCCACCGGAGCGGGAGUUUUGACGGCCGCCUCCUGCUUCUCGCCGCUCCGCCACCGCCGCCGCAUUCAUGCUCAAUUGCAGCCGAAAGUUUCUGUUACGGCUCGAGAGUCAGUUCCGGCUACCGUACUACAAAGUUCAACCACGACUAAUGGUGGCUCCCACAACGGGAGGUUAGAGAAGAGGUCUGAAGCCACGCGGAUGGGUCAAAAGCACGACUCGGUGGCCAAAUCGGAGGGUGAGUCGUCGUCGUCGUCGCCGUUUGGUUUGAAGGAUUACUAUGAGCAGUCGAUUGGUAUGAUGAGAUCCAACGACGGUGGACCGCCUCGUUGGUUUUCACCGUUGGAGUGCGGUGCUCCAUCUAGCGACUCUCCUCUCUUGCUCUUUUUGCCCGGGUUUGAUGGCGUGGGACUUGGACUUAUGUUGCAUCAUCAAAGACUUGGAGAGAUUUUUUAUUUGUGGUGCCUGCACAUCCCCAUCACGGAUCGGACACCAUUUACAGAACUGGUGAAGCUGAUUGAGAGAACAGUUAGGUCAGAGAAUCACCGUUCACCUGGCAGACCCAUAUACCUUGUUGGAGAGUCUCUUGGAGGAUGCCUUGCCCUAGCUGUUGCUGCCCGGAACCCUGAUAUUGAUCUUAUGUUAAUUUUGGCUAACCCAGCCACAUGUUUCAGCAAUUCACAGCUGCAACCCAUACUACCUUUCCUGGAAAUAAUGCCCGAGCAGCUCCAUUUUGGCAUGCCUUAUUUGCUGAGUUUAUUGACAGGAGCACCUUUGAGGAUGGUGACGGCUACAGUGGAGAAAGGGCUUCUUCCUCUGCCACAAACAGUUGGAGAGCUAUCCAAGGCUAUUAUAAAUUUGUCUUCUUACCUUUCUGUUCUGGCUGAAGUUUUACCUGGAGAUACACUUCUCUGGAAGCUGCAGAUGCUCAGAUCAGCUUCAGCAUAUGCAAAUUCACGUCUACAUGCUGUCAAAUCCCGGACCCUAAUACUUUCCAGUGGGAAGGAUCAGCUACUACCAAGUCGAGAGGAAGGGGAAAGACUUCGUCGUAUUUUGCCAAAAUGUGAGAUUCGUAAGUUCAGUGACAGCAAUCAUGCCAUACUCUCGGAAGAUGGUGUUGAUCUGGUAACUAUCAUAAAGGGUUCUAGUUUCUAUCGUCGUGCAAAGGUCCUUGACUAUGCCUCUGAUUACUUUCCACCAAGCCCUUCUGAGUUCAAGAAAAUCUAUGAAUCGUGCAGAUGGAUUGAGGUUGCUACUGCUCCUGUGAUGCUGUCAACCUUAGAGAAUGGGAACAUUGUGAAGGGCCUUGCCGGGAUUCCUUCCAAGGGACCGGUCUUAUUUGUUGGCUAUCACAUGUUGUUAGGUUUAGAAGUAAUUUCAUUGGUAUCCCGUUUCUGGGCUGAAAGAAACAUUCUUGUGCGAGGGAUAGCACACCCGAUGUUGUUUGAGGGUUCAAAUACUACAGUUGAUGUAUCAGCAUAUGACACGUUAAGAGUUAUGGGGGCAGUUCCCGUAUCAGGAAGUAACUUCUAUAAACUUCUUUCUUUGAAUUCCCAUGUGCUGCUUUAUCCAGGAGGCGUGCGUGAGGCUCUUCAUCGGAAGGGUGAGGAAUACAAGUUGUUCUGGCCAGAACGGUCUGAGUUUGUCAGAAUGGCAGCAAGAUUUGGAGCAACAAUUAUACCUUUUGGUGCUGUUGGAGAAGAUGAUUUGGCUCAGGUUAUCUUUGAUUAUGAGGACCAAAUGAAGAUUCCUUUUUUGAAGGAUGAACUUGAGAAAAUGAGAGAAGGGAUUGUCACAUUGAGGACUACCGUUGAUGGAGAGAUUGGAAACCAAGAUCCACACCUUCCACUACUGCUGCCUAAACUUCCCGGACGUUUUUAUUACUUGUUCGGAAGACCAAUAGAAACAGAAGGGAGGAAGCUGGAAUUAAGGGACAGAGAGAGAACACAGGAAAUGUAUGUGGAAGUCAAGUCUGAGGUUGAAAGAUGCAUGGCUUACCUGAAGGAGAAAAGAGAAAAUGAUCCAUACAGGAAUAUCUUGCCUCGGUUAAUUUAUCAGGCGACACAUGGAUUUGAUUGUGAAGUCCCAUCCUUUGAACUUUAAUCGGUUACCCCCAUGGAAGGUUAGCUUCAUGCUUUGUUUGGUAAAUAGAAAUGUAUUCUUCAGGGGGAAACAAAUCAUGGGGUACGAUAUGGCUUACCGCACGAAUGCCCCAACUUGUAAGCUUUUAUGUACCGUGCUCGGCUCGCAGAUGGCUAUCCUCAAUCCUCAAGAGUUCUGUUUAUGCUGCUUGUGAAUUAGUCGAAUCUUCUCAGGGAAGCCAAUUUAUGCAGUAGGAACUAUGGCAGCCCAUUCCAUUCAUUAGACAUUAGCACAAGUGUUAAACUGCUUGUUUCAGCUCCUCUUAUUUGACUGUCCCUAGUUUUCCUCUUGUUUCUCCCCACUAUCCAGAUUGACCUUAGACAUCAGGCUUCGAUGGUGAUUUUUGAAAAAUUGUUAUCUGCAUUCUGCAGAUUAUAAGUAUACUUGGGAACAGUUUUAAGAUAAGAGUGGCAUUGCUUCAAUCAUUAUUCAAUUGGAUGUUCAGACCAUUUACAUCUAGCUAAUUUUUUUUUGUAUUUUUCUCCUUGGAUUGAUAAAUUCCCUUAAGUGUUAAACACCACCUCAUUUGAGAAGGGAGGAAACUGUUUUUUUUUUUUUUUUUUGAAAAGGUCAUUCAUUCAAGCCCAUCGGGCAAAAGAUUUCAGAACAAAUACAGGAGAGAACCAAAGCAACCUAAACGUCGAUCUCAAGUACCUACUGCCGAAGCAGGCCCCGCGAUAACGCCGGUACAUAAGAACCAAUCUUGGUCUAGAUAACAGAGGAUCAAAAGAGAUUCACAGCUCAAACUCGUAAACAAUAAAGCAUCGCUGAAAUCAAAAGGCAAAACAACAACAAAUCAACUAAAA